CCUUUUCAGGCCAAUAUGUCUGCAGACAAAACCAAAGUCUACCAGGGUGUACGUGUGAAGACUACAGUCAAGGAGUUACUGCAGAAGCACCGAGCCCUGCAGGCACAAAAAACCGCAACGAAAUCACAAGCCAUGACGGAUCGCGAUGUCUGCUCUACGACCUUAAAUACCCAACUUGAUGUUUUCUCUGGAAGGCAAGCUCCAGAUCCCUAUUUCCAGACACGUUCAUUUACUGAGCAUGCCAACAUCCCGCUGGAAAACGCUUAUGAUCAUCAACAGAUGAUGAACAUGAUGCCACCUGAGACUUUCAGCAACAAUUUCGGGUGCCCCACUUCUACGCAGUGGUCUAAUGGAUAUCUACCCUCAAAUACGGACUUUUAUGGUACAAGCAUGGUUUCAAGAUCACAAUCAGACUCCUUCAAUCUACCCAGUCCAGUCGAUUACAACAGUUACUCCCCCCCUCAGUCCCACUCCUCAUCUUCUUCGUGUUACAGCUCCCCGACACGGAUGGAUAUGAGUUCCAGUUUCUCUCCAGAAAAUUACCACUAUCAGCAUUGUAACCUACAGCAUUGCUUUUGUCUGUCGCACUUGUCCAAUCUACAGGAUGGCAUGACAACCUCAGAGUACGCACCCUAUGGCUCAACAGACUGUUACUUUUCAUAUGCUGACGACAGCUAUUUCAGAAGGGAGACCUUAAACCCAGAGAUGUGUUACUUAUAAAAUGUAUUUUGAUGCACUUUGCGCGACAAUUCAGUGUCAUAAAUCGUUCAUUUCAAAACAUUUGGAUUUAAUUAGAGUUUAGGUCAAGGCAAACGAAGGCAUGAUUGAGCUUAGAGUAGUUUGGUAGGCAACAAGGUUGAUUGCAGAGAACUAAAAGUGUGUGAGUAUAAUUUACGAACAAAUUAUUCAUUUAUCUUUUCUACAAUAAAAAUAUUUUUUCUUAA